AUGAAUCCCAUCAACCAAAAUCAACUGAUCGACGAAGAAUUUGAGCAUAUUCGCUAUGAUGUAUUCCGAGAAGUCAGCUCACAGGACGGACCGCUGUCCAAAAAUCUCCGGACUCGGCUCAAUAGUUUGCCCCGGCAUAUCCGCAAGCAGCUUGUGGAAGCAGAAUAUAACGGCUGUUCAUCCCUGUUCACUGCCUGUUGCAAAGGAAACGUUGAAAUCGCCGAGUAUCUGAUAACAAAGUGUGACGCCAACAUCGAACAGCGGGGUAUACUAUUUGACUAUGCGGAUCGGAAGGAUGAGGAGUUCGAGGAUUAUACGGUACACAACGUGACUCCACUGUGUGCUGCCUGUGGCGCAGGUCAUCUUCAUCUCGUGAAAUGUCUUGUCAGACUGGGGUGUAAUGUGAAUGCUGUCUCCGGGAUCGGCUCUUCAGCUCUUGAGGUUGCCUGCACUAACAAAGAUCUCGAAAUCGUUCAAUAUUUGGUAGAGAACGGAGCGAACAUUCGAAAGCCAAGCUUCGAUGGUGCAACUUACCUCAUCGAUUCGAUCGAAUCAGCGCCUAUAUGUAGUUAUCUCAUCAGAAAAGGGGCUGACGUUAAUGCACGCGAUGUGUACGACAAAACCGCUCUACAUUAUGCAGUUGAGAGUCUAAGUUACGGAACAAUUCGAUUGUUACUGGAUCAUGGAGCCGAUCCGUUCGCCAGAAGUCGUUAUGGGGAUGACCCUCUUCAGCUAGCAUGUAUAACAGGGUCACUAGAGGUAGUGGAAUAUCUUCUGAGCAGAAUAAACUACCCUCGAGAAAGAUGGAUCGAAGCUAUCGAGCUGAUGGGAUCAACAUUAAUUCAUUUCCAUUACGAUACACAAGACGUUCUUCUUCACUGGCGAUUGGCUUAUGAUGCGAGGACGAAUAAAAACAAUAACAUCCAAGAGAGAUCGCAAAUCCCACCACGACCCGCUUAUGGAAACAUGGUCGAGUUCGCCACAAUCGACGAACUGAACGCAUCCGCUUGGGAUGUGGAUGCAUUGCGGAUGCAGGGUUUAUUGAUACAGGAGAGGUUAUUGGGGAUCGAUCACAAGGUUACUUUACAUCGAUUAAUGGAACGAGGAGAUUUCUACAAAGUAACCAGACGCUACCAGGUUUGUAUAGAUCUAUGGAUGCUGGCAUUGCGAGUGAGAGUUCAAAAGCAUACCAUAUUGCACAGUGAUACCUGCGACACAGUGAGGGCCAUCGUGAAAUUGAUGGUGAAUUUAAUGGAUGAUAAUGACCCAAUGGUACCACAAUUUAAGGAUGCCUACACCAUGUUCCAACUAUUGACAUCCAACAUUUCUGAGAUUCAGCAGCUACUUAGUAUUCAACCGGUCAAUAGAUCACAGCAAAAAAACUACGAUUGUAUACUCCGUUGUCUGCUGCACCUGAUGUGCAUCUUGCUCUCCGUAGCUAAAACCAAGGAUGACCACAAAUUGAUCGAAAGCUCCGUCCUUGGUCUUGUCCUGAACAACAUUCGAAGUGUACAAACCAACGAAACGCUACUGCAUAUGUCCGUUUCGAACAUGGGUUUGAUGAAAAGCGAUUAUUUCACGGAUGAAGUAGACACAAAAAGAUUCUUCCCCAAUCUACCUGUUACAAAGUUGCUGUUGGACUGUGGCGCACCAGUCAAUGCGAGGGACAAUACCAGAUCCACGCCAUUGCUUCUUGCCGCCUACCCUUUCAAUUAUGAGAAAGAUGUGAUCCACACUUUGAUCGAACACGGUGCCCAUCUGGAUCUACCGAAUUUAUUGGGUGACCGGCCAUCGUCCAUGCUCAGGAGAAUCUCGAUGAAUGAUAUUUGUCUGGGCCAACAAAUUUCGCUCAAAUGUCUCAGCGCUAAUGUAAUUGUUAAGUCAGGGGUGUCCUAUCGGAAUGAGGUGCCUCGCAUGCUGGAGGAUUUUAUUCGAGCGCAUGAAAUGUUUUAG